AUGAGCUCCCAUAAUGUGGAGUCAAUGCUAAAUCAACUAUCGAUGUCCCUAGAAGUGAACUACAAUCAUGCCGAUCAGUUGUUCGAUUAUUUGGAAACAAUCCUAAUGAACUCUACCGAGAAAUCAGCUCAGAUUGCCGCACUACAGAAAAUGAGCGGCAGCUUUGCGCAGCUGACAAUGUCCAUGGCGGAUUUGAGAGACGACCAUACAAGCGUCGUUGAGUCCUACAACACAAAACUCAAGCUGGCUCCUCUGGCAGAUGUGGCCAAAAGCAGACUUACUGUUACUUCAAAUAGUGAUGGCCAAGCUUCAGAAAUGCUAGAGUAUCUGAACGAAGUCAAUGAUAGCCAUAAUCUACAAUUGGAGCAUACCAAUUUAAUCGGUAGGCUCUCGUCCAACUUGUGUGACGCAGCUUCAGCGUUCUCUCAGGUUGAAAAAGAGGACUACUUCGACCUCGAAUCAUGGCUACAAAGUUACAAGAGUGAAGACGCUAGUGUAGAGACAAGAGAGAUUUUGAAGAGCCGAUUAGUCAGUUGGAUCACUUCCAUCAAAAUGGAAAAGGCUCGUUACCUUGUUGAAAACCAGCAUAUCUUGCGAGACAUGUUGAAAUCUCUUACCUCAGACGUUGCCCAGUGGAGAACAAAUUACGAAUCCAUCGAGAGCAUGCUCUUUGGUGAUGCUCAUAAUUCCAUUGCCAAAACGCUCCUUGACAUUACAAAUUUAAGACAGGAACUAGAUAGGAAAAGUGAGGAUGAGGACAUUGAAAUGGAAAGAACAUAA